UAGGAAUGACCCAUAUCCUGUCCAUUAGACUCUAUUCAUUUAUACCAGGUUACCUUCAGUCCUGUAUUAGAUCAGGAUAUAACUAUAUAUAGGUACCAGUGUGAAGCUUGUAGAGCAAAAUGGGUGAAAUACCUUUUUAGACCCCCAGACACUAAAGUCAGAGUUUAGUUUAGCAUUAUGCUAAUUAGAUUACCGCGUGGAAACAGACAUCCAGGCUUUUAAUGAUUAUUAAUUAUUAUUGUACUUUUUACUAUAUUGCUUUUACACAUGUGUUGUAUUUUGUCUACAGAGAAGCAAAGACAACGAUGGGAAGAACGAGGUGAUGCCCGGUUUGUGACCAGACACAAGGAUCACCUCAUUCAGAAGGUUUCCGGGGGAAUCCAUAGCAUCUGAGCUGCACCAGAAGGACUUGAUCCCUGAUGAGAUGAACUCUCAGAUCAGUGCUGCCGGGACCAGCCAGGACCAGAUGAGACUGUUGUUCAAGGCCCUAGAAGAAGCAGAAGACACAACAAGAGUGAAAUCUACAUUUUACAAGAUUCUACUGGAUCUGGAACCUGACGUUGUCAAAGACCUGAAUGUAAAUAAGAUGAAGGCCCCCAAGAAGCUCAGGAAAGAGAACGAGAAGCUCAGGAAAGAGAACGAUGAACUCAAAGAAAAGCUGAGGAAAGCUGAAGAAACCAACCAAUCCCUCUCCACCUCUCCAGGUGGUCAACAGAAAACACAGACUCCUUCCCAAAAGUCUGAGGGGAUUGAAGGGGUGGAGAUGGAGUCUUUACCAGGGAGGAAGUCUGGUCCUGGUCCAGGGAGGAAGUCUGCUCCUGAGAUGGAGUCUUUACCAGGGAGGAAGUCUGCUCCUGAGAUGGAGUCUUUACCAGGGAGGAAGUCUGCUCCUGAGAUGGAGUCUUUACCAGGGAGGAAGUCUGCUCCUGAGAUGAAGCCUUUACUGGCUGCUGGACCACAGAAGGAAGAUCUGUAUGAUCUGGAGAGGGGAGGAAGAGAUACUACAGAAUUUAACUAUAGAGAGACAAUACCUUCAGGGAGGAAGUCUGGUCCAGAGAAGGAGAUGGAGAUGAAGCCUUUACUGGGUCCUGGACCACAGAAGGAUGAUCUGGAUGAGCUGGAGAGGGGAGGAAGAGUUACUACAGAAUUUAACUAUGUGCUAUAGGGUUACUAUAGAGAGACUAUAACUAUAGAGCUGAGUUACUAUAGAGAGACUAUAACUAUAGAGCUGAGUUACUAUAGAGAGACUAUAACUAUAGAGCUGAGUUACUAUAGAGAGACUAUAACUA